CAGAGGAAAUUCAUCAAUCAAUUAAUCACCAAAACCAAAAUGAUGUGAUUUAAGAAAAAAAAGAAGCAGUUUUGCUGUUUGGAAUUUCAUUCUGUCAAGCACAAUGGACAUUUUUGUGCACAGAGAUGAUGCACUUCAUGUAGGUAACAUGGGUUUAAUUGUUCUAGUUUCUGAAUUUACACUGUGGAAACCCAACAUUAUAUUAGACAGAAUAGACAUUUCUGUUGAGCAAAUGGUUAGAAAUAACAGGGAAGUGCACAGACUUCUUUGCCUUUACUGUAUGUGGACUGAUCAUGUUUACUGUCAUGUAUAUUCAUUUCCCAAAGGCCCAUUUAGAGCAGGACAGUACAAAUUCUCACCUUUGGGAUUUCAAAAACAAACAAUGAAACUUGUCUUCAAUGCAGCUGAUAUGUGCAGCUACAUACACACAGAUGAGACAGGACAAACUGGUGUCAAUUCUUAACUUUUUUUUUUUUUCUGUUUUGAAAAACGGAGCUUAGGUGCACACAUACACAAGCAUUUAAUAUUUUAGAAGCACAUCCAGCACACGGUGUGUUUCCUCCAGUCCAGUGUUUGGCUCAUGUGGAGUGUUGUUGCAGGUUACAGGUGUAUGCUGGUAGUGAACGUGUGGUGCAGCAGGCCAGUCUUGGCAGCAUGGUGAAGGUCCAGAAGUCAGCUGGGAGGAAGAGCUCUCACUGUCUCCGCAGACAGACUGGUGGUCAGACAGAGAUGGAACUCCAUUCGGACACCCAGCAUCCACCACAGGCGCAACCCAAAGAGGGAGACCAGUCCUCCGAUCAGCCCCACCUGCAGGCCUCUGCUCCGGCCGAGGCGCCGUUAGAGAACUGGGACCAGAAGGAGCCUCCGCUUGACGGCCAGGACUCCGCCGCCCAGGCCAAGCCCCUGUGGAGGCCCAUUCCCCCUCUGCUGCCCGAGCCCCACCGGGACCCCAACGGGCGGACCAGGGACCAGAGCUGCCAGACCGAGGAGCAGUUCCUGCAGACCGGCGCCUGCAACCAAGGCCUCUGCGUGGAGCCUGGUGAUCCUCCUCUGCUCCAGCAGCCUCUGCAGACCUCCAAGUCUGGGAUUCAGCAGAUAAUUGAAUGCUUCCGAUCCGGCACCAGCCAGCUGAAACACAUGCUCCUGAGGGAGGUGGACACCAUCUUCGAGUGUAAACUGUGCCGCAGUCUGUUCAGGGGCUUGCCGAACCUCAUCACACACAAGGAGUACUACUGCCUAUCCCGGCUGCCUGAACCCGACGGUUCAUCAGGAGACGACAGGCAGAGUGUAGCCAUGAAGGAUUUGUUAGACGCCAUUUAUCCCCGAGCCGACCGGCCGGACUACGUGAUGCGACUGGAGCCAAUUCAGACCACGAACAAGGCGGUGUUCCAGUACAUCACCACAGAGGAGGAGCUGGCCAGAUACCCUUCACACACACCCAGUGCCAGAGAGAGUCCUGUAGCCUGGGAAGGAGAACCAGUGGAGGGUGUGGACAACAACCAGGCGAGCCAGCCAGGCGGACCAGAGAGCCACAGCAGCCCAGGACCCAACCAGGGACAGAGGAGGUGGGAGCCCGAGGAGGAGGCUAAAGAGGAGCAGCCACCGCCUGAAGACGAGGGGUCCAACAGCGGGGUUGAGGACGUGACAAUCUCAUGUUGUCUUUGCGGCCAAGACUUCAACUCGCGUCGCAGCAUCAGGCGUCACUGUCGCAAAAUGCACCAGACAAAACUGGAGGAGCUCAGAAAGUUCACAGAGACACGCACAGUUCCAACAAGCCUGCUCUCUAUGGUGAAAGGUCGCCCGAGGACUCUCAGCACACCGACCGGAAAAUCCUGCCCAGUGUGCCUCAAAACCUUCGCCACCAAAGCCAACGUACGCCGCCACUUCGACGAGGUGCAUCGCGGUCUGCGGAGGGACGCCAUCACGCCCAGCAUCGCCUCGCGACCCGGCCAGCCCUUCACGCUGGAAGUCACGCCUCCCAGGAAGAGCAACAACGCGUCUCCAACACGAGCCCAAAGCUCCAAGUCCACCCCCGUGAACUCUAAAACACCUCCUUCAAACCAAAACCAAGCCAAACCUCAGACUCAGCCCCCGGCCACUCCACCGACGAACUCCACCUCAUGCCGCUGCACACUCUGCAAGAGGAACUACAGCUCUCAGCUCAUGUUGAAGAGACACAUGCGUAUCGUCCACAAGAUAUACAGCAUCAAAAGUAACAGGUCUGCACCCACGCCGACCCCGACUACUGCAGCAGCCACCAGCAGCACCAAUAACAAUAACAGCACCGUGGCUCCCAGCAACAAUGUGAGAGUGAAGGAGGAAGCAGUGGAGCCCUCAGACGAGGAGGAGGAGGAGGAGGAGGAGGAGGAAGACAUUGACAGUAGUCCAGCCCCGUCUCCGUCUCCUAGCGACAGCACUGGGGCAGCUAAAGGAGUUUCUGUGGUCCAAAAUGCCAUGAAGGUGAAGGAAGAGGAGCCGCCGUCAGGCCCAAAGAUGGCGCCAUCCUUGCCGCCGCCGCCGCCGCCGCCAUCGUCUUCAUCGUCCUCCCGCGGCAGCAACGUGUGCAGCGGUGGCGUAGCCGCCAAAAUGACCAAACUGUCAGUGGGCUUUGACUUCAAGCAGCUCUUCUGCAAACUGUGCAAGCGACAGUUCAGCUCGCGUCAGAACUUAACGAAGCACAUUGAGCUGCACACGGACGGCAACGACAUCUUCAUCAAGUUCUACCGCUGCCCUCUCUGCCGCUACGAGUCUCGCCGCAAACGCGACGUCCUGCGCCACGUGACUGUCGUGCACAAGAAGUCGUCCGCCUACUUGGCCAAGAUCAUGCCCAAGCUAGAGAGCAGAGCGGUGAAGAGGCUCGCGGAGGUCGUCCUCAACAGCACAAACAAGAGGACGAGCGGCAGCAGCAGCAGCAGCAGCGUCAAAGAGGAAGUGAACGGACGCCACGCCUCUUCCUCGCCCUCCUCCUCUCCCUCGCCUCCCGUCACUCGCAAGCAGGAGUGCUCCACAACUGCUUCGACCGCCUCUUCGGCCUCCUCCUCGUCCUCGUCCUCCUCGUCCUCCACCUCCGUCCCUCCUCCUGCCCCCGUGACCCGGAAACAGCAGGAAGUCUCAUCGCCAGUCUUCACGCCAUCGCCUCCCAUCACCCGUAAGCAGGAGAGACAGCAGACCCACCAGCACCGGCCCGUCAGUCCGCCGCUCACCCGCCGCAGCGAAAAACACUCCCAUCAGCGAAGCUCUUCCUCGUCCGCCGCUCCCUCCGGCAGCCAGACGCCACACACCCGGCGGCACGACACCCAAUCAGAGAGCAGCACAGCCACAUCCUCCACUGAAGUCAGGGUGACCAAGAAUUUCUCCCUUCACGCUUGUGACCAGUGUGGACGGGCCUUUGCCAAGAAGGUAUUGGAUUUUAAAUUACUGACAUAAAUAUCCCAUAGAAUGCCCCGGUCAAGACUCUAGAUAAAGAGCAUUAGUGUCUUGUUCUUAGGUCAGACCAGAGUGCCUUGAAGUUUUGUGAACUGACAUUUAUUUAGAUUGAUUAAGCCAAACAAUGAUUCUCUAAGAAGUUGGAAUCA